AUGAUCCAAAUAGUGAACGUUUGUAGGAACUACUACAGAUGCACCCACAAGUAUGAUGAGGGUUGUCCAGCAAUCAAACAGGUUCAGAGAAUUCAAGAGGACCCUCCAUUGUAUAGGACAACUUAUUAUGGACAUCACAAUUGCAAGAGUUCUUUAAGUCCACAGAUAAUGCUGGAAUCAGCUUCUUCUUCUGACUCAUCUAUGUUCCUUAGCUUCAGUAAUACCUUCCCAAGCAAAGAAGAAUACCCAUUUUCAACACUUCUUUCAUCCACGAAACAGGAGCCUGUGGAAGUGCUUCCUGAUGACCAUAUUGUUCACAACCAAUUACCCUCAUCAGAUUACCACCUGUUAUGUGACUAUGAAUUUGAUUUCAAUUAUUCGAGGCAUGUUACUAUGCUAUCCUUCACUGAAUCUGUUCAAUUUGAUGAAGUUUAUGGGAGUGGUUUGGAAUUUGAUGGCUAG